AUGUCCCAAAGAAAGGUUAAUCUGAAUAAGGCUUUGGCCAGAGCGAAGAGAUGCGGUCAGUUAAGCAAUUUGGAUUUUGAGGUUGCAAGUGUUCACGUGGCGGAUGAGUUUAACGUGCCCGAGAAAAAGCGGAAGCAGUUGGUGGGAUUCUUGCAGAAGAAAAUCAUCGAUCUGAAGAAUAAGGAGUUUAAGAAUGUCAUUGAUCCUGAGUAUCCGAAGAUAGCGAGGAAGGAUACGAGCCACGGAGAUAUGCUCACCUUUGCCGAUGCUCUUCCCACAACAGAAAUAGAUAAGUACGUGCAAAAAGAUAUAAUCUAUAGGACGGGUAUGAAGAAGCAGCUGGAAGUUUACUCGGAUACUGCGGCCAGUGUGACGCUCGAGUUUAGAAACUUAUAUCUUGAGGUGACCCAUGCAACUGGAGUUAACAGUAGGGUGAGGCCUUUGGAUGGGUCGGAAACACAUUUCACUUUGAAACCGUACCAGUAUUUUGGUAAAACUGAGCAUUAUGAUAUUUAUCUGGCCAAUCGUGAAAGAAUCAAGAAAUACUUGUUCAUACAAUAUCCUCUAAUGCAGAAGAUUUUGAAAUGCUCGACGAUUUUACCACCAAUUUUAAUCGACAUCAGCAAAUUUCGCGAGGCCGAGAAUGAAAUCCCAACCAUAAUGGCUGUCUUCGAAGAAGAAGUUGCCGAAGGCGCGAAACUCAUUAAGAAAUUUCAUUUUGCUGUGAGUAAAGUGGCCAGAACUUUUAAAAACGAAGUACCACAAACCCCAAGGGCAAAAGCUCAAUAUUUAAGGACGGGAACCGGAAUUCUAGCUUCAUGUAUUGAUCGUCUCUUACGUAACACCAUUCUUCAAAUCAUCAACAUCACAGGAGAUGGAAAUAGAAUACCUUUUCUUAAACUGAAUUUGGGUUACGAUCACGGCUUGAUUUUGAGCCCAACGGCAGAAGAAACCACGCAAAUGUACGCGAAAUUACUCAGAACCAUAUCGAAUUCAGCAAAUGAGCUUCUGGCUUUGGAAAGUAUAAUGUACGAAGGUUCAGACGAAUAUUACAUACCAAUAUACAUACAAGAACAGUUUCUCGAAGAGUGUAUCGAACGUAUCAGAUCUAAUAUACAGGAAUUUUAUAUUCCGGUAUACGAAUACGUGACUAAGUUGGAAAGCAGCUUUGCUUCUUUGUAUCCGGAGAGUGAAGAUCAGAAGGACAGCGAGCAAGACUUAGAAAUUAGUUUUGAGGAUGGCUGCAAACAGAUCGAUUUUUACAUGAAUUUAAUGGACGAGAUCGAAGAAAUCGUUACCAACGAGUAUUAUGCAAUUGGCGCUGUAGAGCAGGAAGACUGUAGAGCUAAUUUGAAAAUGUCCAUUUACAAUUUAAUAGAAGAUAUAGCUGCAAAACUUGUUUUACAGCACGAAUGGGAAAACGAAGAUAUUUGUGAAGUUUUCCAGAAGCUAACUGAACGUGCUUUAGAAAUACCCAAAAAUUCUCAAGAGCUAAUGGAUCAGGGGGUUUACAUGACUUGGGCUAAAACUGUUUUAGUGCCACAAUUAACUGAGAGAAUUCAAAAUAUGUUGGUGGUGAUUUGCAGACUGACCGAUAUCACCACUAUAACCUAUGAUCAUAUGCAGCUGAAUUGCAGAACCGUCCAUUGGAUCUGGAAUAUUAAACCAAUCUUGGAAAAGAAUUCCUCAAUGUACGAAGCAUACAAAUACGAUUUUGAGGAAGCUUUGGCAAACGCCGUUGUCAAAAUAAAUGCAGAUAUCCAAGAUAUUAUACCGUUUUUAACUAUGUUAGAUUCUAUGGACAAUUCUGACAAUGCACGAGAAUACGUGCAUCAGUUGGCUGGAAUAUUGGUUAAAAUUAGAAGCUGCGAGCAACAGAAAAUUUUGAUCAACAAGGAAGAGGCAACGUUCAAAUAUCCUAUAUCUUCAUUUCUUGAAUUGGAAGAUUUGAAGACGUGGAUCUAUCAAUUCUAUCAUCUUGUUAAGUUGUGUAUGAAUUGGAACCGUAGUUUCUUUGCCUGGAUGGACGGUCCUUUUGAAUUUUUAGAUGCAGUUCUGGCCGAAGAACAGUUGGAGGAAUUCUUUAAGGAAUUGCUGAAGAUACAGAAGUACUACAGGAAUAAACUAAGACAAAUGGCAACUGAGAAUAAUGCAAAAACAUUUCAAGGAUCCGUGGAAGAUCCUGAUCCUUUGAAUCAACCUGCUCCUAUUCAAUUGACUAGAAAGGUGAUGCAGCAGCUUAAAGAUUUCAGACCUGCUCUUCAGCUAAUGGGAAUUAUGUGUAAUUCGGCGCUUCUUCAACGUCAUUGGGAUGAUAUGUCUGAGAUAGCCGGAUUCGAUAUUACUCCGGAUGCUGGGACCACUCUAAGAAAACUCACAGAGAUUGACUUGGGUCCUAGCUAUGAGCCUUAUGAGAUUAUAAGUACUGGUGCUGUCAAAGAAUUGCAGUUAAUUACAGCGCUUAGGAAGAUGAUAGCCGAAUGGGAUGAUGUUAAAUUUAAAACUAGCGCUUACAAAGAUUCUGGAGCUAUGAUUUUAACAGCAUUAGAUGAUGUGCAAGUUAUACUAGAUGACCAUAUUAUGAAGACGCUGACUAUGCGAGGUUCUAUUUUCGUGAAACCGUACGAAGCCCAAGUGAAAGCCUGGUACGAGAAGAUUACUAGGAUGAAUGCAACCAUCGAUGAAUGGGGAAAAGUUCAGUCGCAGUGGCUGUAUCUUCUUCCAAUUUUCUCAUCUAAAGAUAUCGUAAUGCAGAUGCCAGCAGAAGGAAUAUUGUUUAGAGAGGUGGAUUCUACUUACAAAAGAUAUAUGCAGGUCGUAGCUAAAGAUCCUCGUGUUAUUGAGAGUGCAGGAGCUGUCGGACUUUUAGAAGCGAUGCAAAUGUGUACUCAAAAUCUUGAGAAAAUUAAUGAUGGCGUGACCUCGUACUUGGAAAAGAAGAGACUGUUCUUUCCUCGAUUCUUUUUCCUCUCCAACGAUGAAAUGUUGGAGAUUUUGUCGGAAACUAAAGAUCCUCUCAGAGUGCAACCUCAUCUCCGAAAAUGUUUCGAAGCAAUCAACAAGUUGGAGUUCGAUGGACGUCUUCAGAUUCAUGCAAUGAUGAGUCAAGAGAACGAGAAGAUAGAUUUUAUGAGGAUAAUCAAAACGGAGGAGGCCGGAGGAAGCGUUGAGAAGUGGUUGAUCCAAGUAGAGGAGCAGAUGCUUUCUUCCAUGCGUAAUCAGAUAUUCGAAAGUUGGACCGAUUACUGCAAUAAGCCAAGAACACAAUGGAUGCAGGAUUGGCCCGGACAAAUUGUUCUGUGCGUUUCACAGAUCUACUGGACUGCUAACUGUCAGACUAUAUUAGGUCCGGAGAGCACAUCGACUCUGCAGGAACUCAGCGAUAUUUUGAAGAGCGAAUUGCAGGACACUGUCGAGUUGAUCAGAGACCCGAAUCUCACUAAUUUGCAGCGAAUUACGAUCAAAGCGCUUAUUGUUAUCGACGUACAUGCAAAAGACGUUGUUUACGAAAUGUACCAGCAGAAUGUUCUACACGAGAACGAGUUUAAAUGGUUGGCACAGCUACGAUACUAUUGGGAAGAUGAAGUGUGCCAGGUGCGAAUCAUCAACGCCACUGUAAAAUACGCCUGUGAAUAUUUAGGAAAUAGCGAUAGGUUAGUGAUAACUCCGUUAACGGAUCGAUGCUAUCGCACAUUGAUUGGUGCGUACCAUUUGCAUUUGAAUGGAGCUCCGGAAGGACCGGCAGGAACCGGAAAAACGGAAACGACGAAGGAUUUGGCCAAGGCCUUGGCCGUGCAGUGCGUGGUUUUCAAUUGCUCUGAUGGAUUAGAUUACAAGGCGAUGGGGAAGUUCUUCAAAGGAUUAGCCUCUUCUGGCGCCUGGGCCUGCUUCGACGAGUUCAAUAGGAUCGAAAUAGAGGUGCUUUCUGUGGUGGCACAGCAAAUUAUGUGCAUAGUCCAAGCGGUCAGAGGACACGUAAAGUCAUUUUUAUUCGAAGGAACCGAAUUGAACUUGAACCCAUCUUGUUAUGUGUGCAUUACAAUGAAUCCCGGAUAUGCGGGAAGAACGGAGUUGCCUGAUAACUUGAAAGUGUUAUUCCGUACUGUAGCUAUGAUGGUACCAGAUUACGCGAUGAUCGGUGAAAUAUCAUUGUAUUCGUACGGAUUCCAAAACGCACGAAUUUUAAGCGUAAAAAUUUCGACUACUUAUCGAUUGUGUUCGGAACAAUUGUCUUCUCAAAAUCACUAUGAUUAUGGAAUGAGAGCUGUGAAGAGUGUUUUAUCUGCAGCUGGUAAUAACAAAAGAAGUUUUCCGAACGAGGACGAAGACAUUAUUCUAUUAAGAUCAAUAACCGAUGUUAAUUUACCCAAAUUCUUAAAUCACGACGUACCAUUAUUUGAAGGAAUCAUCAGUGAUCUAUUUCCUGGAAUUAAACUUCCACAGCCUGACUACGUUAUCUUCAUUAAGGCAAUGAAAGAUUCUUGCAAAAGGAGAAACUUGCAAGCGAGGGAAUCGUUUAUUAUCAAAGUGAUUCAAACUUUUGAGAUGAUGAUAGUUCGUCAUGGAUUCAUGUUGGUGGGAGAGCCAUUUGCUGGUAAAACUGUUACCUUAAAAGUCCUUGCAGAUACAUUGACUUUGCUUUGUGAAAGAGGACAUCCUCAAUUGAAGGUGCAAUAUCAAAUAAUAAAUCCUAAGAGUAUAACCAUGGGACAAUUAUAUGGACAAUUCGAUCCGGUUUCUUAUGAAUGGUUCGAUGGUGUUAUUGCCACAUGCUUCAGGAAUUUUGUGAUUGAUCCUGCACCGGAUAGGAAAUGGGUCAUUUUCGAUGGUCCUGUAGAUGCUGUUUGGAUUGAAAAUAUGAAUACAGUUUUGGAUGAUAACAAGAAGCUUUGUUUGAUGUCUGGGGAAGUUAUGGCCAUGACCAAUUCAAUGUCUAUGAUCUUCGAAGUUAUGGAUUUGACACAAGCUUCGCCUGCAACAGUUUCUCGUUGCGGAAUGAUUUACAUGCAACCAGAAACUUUAGGUUGGAGGCCUUUGAUGGAAUCGUGGGUGGUCAAGCAGAACCCCGAAUGGUGUGGAUCAGAAUAUAAAUCAAUGAUUAUCGGAUUGUUUGAUUGGUUAGUGAAUCCGAGUUUAUAUUUUAUAAGAAAGAAAUGUAAACAAAUUUGCGUGCCUGGCGAAAUGAAUUUGGUGAAGAGCAUGAUGCAAAUUGUACAAAUGCUUUUGGAUGAUGCUUGCUCUGAGAGUCAAAGGAAGGAAGAUGAUUUCAAAUAUAUGAUAGGAUGGAUUCAAGUCACAUUUAUGAUAGCAGGUGUUUGGGGAUUGGGUGGAAUAUUGGACACAGAUUCCAGAGAUGCAUACGACGAGUUUUACAGAGGAAUGUGGAAAAACGAGAAUGAGGCUUAUCCAUAUCCAGAGUUUAUUGGAGAGAAACUGGAGGUGUUGAUGCCUUUCGAAGGUAUUCUAAUGGAUUACAGCUACAUCUACAGACUGAAGGGGACUUGGAAAUAUUGGCCUGAAAUUGUACGAUCAAUGAGAAUUGAGGAAGCGCAUAAUGUACAGCAAGUUUUAAUUCCAACAGUGGAUUCGCUGAAAUAUAUGAGCAUGGUUGAGAUGCUAAUUAAAUACAACAUGCCUUUAUUGAUGGUUGGUCCAACGGGAACAGGAAAAAGUUACUAUCUACAAGAUUUGCUGAUGAAUAAAUUGGAUCAGGAAAAGUUCGUUCCAGCUUUCAUUACUUUUACUGUGAAGAUAAGUGCUAAUCAAACGCAGGAUUUGGUGAUUUCGAAGUUAAAUAAGAUCAGAAGAGGCCGGUAUGGAUCUCCGAAGGGGAAAAUGACUGUUAUUUUUGUUGAUGAUUUGAAUAUGCCUGUGAAGGAAGUUUACGGUGCUCAACCUCCGAUUGAACUGUUAAGACAGUACUUUGAUCACAAAAACUGGUAUGAUCUUAAAGAUACAACAAAAUUGUUCUUAGAAAAUGUGCUCUUUAUUGCUGCAAUGGGAUUAGUGGGUGGAAGCAGACAGGAAAUUUAUGCUCGGUUUUUAAGGCACUUCACAAUUUUCUCAAUAAACGAAUACAACGAGGAAACUCUGACAAAAAUAUAUUCAAAUAUAUUAUUGUUGGGUUUGAAAAAGAAUGGAUUUCCGAGUGAUAUUAUUAUUAUGGUAAAUUCCAUUGUAUCGGCGACAAUGAGCGUAUAUUUAGCGGCUAUGGAGAAACUUCGACCGACUCCGGCCAAGAGUCAUUAUAUAUUUAAUCUUCGUGACUUUUCAAGAGUGAUACAAGGUUGUGGGAUGCUUCGAAAGGAAUCGGCCGAGGAUAGAAAAGUGUUUGCCAAACUUUGGGUCCAUGAAAUAUUGCGUGUCUUCUACGACCGGCUGAUAGAUAAAAAGGACAAAGAGUGGCUUUAUGAGAAAUUAAGAAUAUUUGUGAGAGAACACUUUAAAGAUUUCUUCGAUAACGUUUUCGAAAACUUACAAGAUUCAGAAGGAAAAGUCAGCGAAGAUAGUCUGAAGGACUUGAUGUUUGGAACGUAUAUGGAUAUGGAUGCUUCUGAAGAAGACAUUCGAUACGAUGAAGUCGUAGAUAUCGAACACUUUAGGCAAAUUGCGAUGAAUUGUUUGGACGAUUACAAUUCGACGCACAAAACUAAAAUGGAUAUUGUUUUGUUCCGAUACGCUUUGGAGCAUUUAUCCAAAAUAUGCAGAAUAUUAUCGAUUCCAUCUGGAAGCGCUUUAUUAGUUGGUGUGAGUGGAUCAGGACGACAAUCACUAACGAAAUUGGCAACACAAAUAUCGCAGUACAGUUUUUUCCAACCGGAGAUCAGUAAAAAUUAUGGAAUGAAUGAAUGGAGGGAAGACUUGAAGAAGGUUCUAAAAGAAUCAGGAGGUCGAGGAAAGUCCAUGACCUUUCUUUUCUCCGAAGGCCAAAUAAAGGAAGAAGGUUUCUUACAAGAUAUCGAUUGUCUAUUAAAUUCAGGAGAAGUUCCAAACAUUUUCCCCAUUGAUGAGAAGCAGGAGAUCUUAGAAAUGGUUCGGCUUGCAGCGCAAGGUGGAAACCGAAAUUUGGAUAUUAGUGCCUUGGUGGUGUUUUCAUUUUUCACCAAGAGGUGUAAAGAAAAGUUACAUAUGAUGCUGUGCUUCAGUCCCAUUGGUACCACUUUUAGGUCUCGGCUUCGAUUAUAUCCCUCAUUGGUAAAUUGCUGUACUAUCGAUUGGUUCGAGGAUUGGCCCGAAGAUGCUCUCCAAAUGGUAGCACAUAGUUGGUUAACAGAUAUAAAUUUGCCAGAUGGUACAAAAUAUUGCGCAGUCACUGCUUGUCAAUACUUUCAUGUGGUUGCGAGGAAUGUCAGUGCAGAGUUCUAUAAUGCAACCGGAAGAAAAAGUUACGUGACUUCAGCCUCAUAUCUCGAAUUGAUCAAAUCUUUCACUACAUUUGUUAAUUCUAAGCAGAAAGAAAUAAUGAGGAACAAAAAUCGAUACCUUGUGGGUUUAGAUAAACUGCAGAGCGCUGCUUCGCAAGUAGCUGAAAUGCAAAAGAAUUUGGAAGAGUAUAAACCAUUGUUAGAAGAGAUGAAUAGAAAGGCCAUUGAAGUGACUAAACAAAUAGCGACUGAGACUAUACAAGUUGAAAAAGCUUCAACUCAGGUGAGACAAGAUGAGAAAGUUGCUAAUGUUCAAGCUGCUUCGGCUCAAGCGUUGAAGAGAGAAUGCGAAGCCGAUUUGGCUGAAGCUAUUCCAAUUUUGGAAGAUGCGAUCGCCGCUUUAAAUACUUUGAAACCAAAUGAUAUAACUUUGGUAAAAUCGAUGAAGAAUCCACCGGAAGCUGUUAAAAUUGUCAUGGCAAGUGUUUGCGUUAUGCGAGAUGUUAAACCAGAUCGAAUCAACGAUGCAGCUACUGGUGGCAAGAUUUUGGAUUAUUGGGGUCCAAGCAAACGGUUGCUAGGAGACAUGUACUUCUUGCAAGUAUUGAAGGAUUUUGAUAAGGACCACAUAAAACCGGAAAUUAUGGCGAAAAUUAGGAAAGAGUUUUUACCGAACAAAUUAUUCAAACCUCAAAUUGUAGCUAAAGCUAGCAGUGCUGCUGAAGGACUUUGCAAGUGGGUGAUUGCUAUGGACCUUUACGAUAAUGUUGCCAGAGAGGUUGCUCCAAAGAAGGAACGCUUGGAGAAAGCUGAACGUGAAUAUGCGGACACAAUCGCUAUAUUGAUAGAGAAAAAAGAGGCUUUGGCUAAACUUGAAGAACGUUUAGCUAAUUUGAACGAGUUACUAGACGAUGCUAUUAAGAAACAAAACGAACUUCAGGAGAAUGUUGAUUUGUGCAAGAACAAACUACGCAGAGCUGUGAAAUUGAUUGGUGGUUUAGGUGGUGAAAGAACACGUUGGUUCCAAGCCGCCGAAAAUUUACAACUGCUCUACGAUUCAUUAGCUGGAGAUAUAUUAAUAUCUUGCGGACUUAUCGCAUAUCUAUCUCCGUUCACAAUGGAUUAUAGGCAAACUACUGUGAACGAUUGGCACAAACACGUAAGAGAUUUAAGAAUACCUUGCAGUGAAAAAUUCGAUUUUACUGAUAUUCUUGGAUCUGAUAUAAAGAUUCAGAACUGGUACAUUAAUGCUUUACCAAGGGACGCAUUUUCUACAGAGAAUGGUAUAAUUCAAGAUAGUUCUAGAAGAUAUUCUUUAAUGAUCGAUCCGCAAAGUCAGGCCAACAUUUGGAUAAAACACAUGGAAAAGAAGAACGAACUUGAAGUGACCAAAUUUUCCGAUGCAAAUUACAUGAAAAUCUUGGAGAAGUGCGUACAGUUUGGAAAACCGGCGCUUUUGGAAAACGUCGGAGAAGAUUUAGAGGCUCCAUUGGAUCCAUUGCUCUUUAAAGCUGUAUUUAAUCAAGCCGGAAUAGAAGUGAUAAGCUUAGGCGAUAACGUUAUUCCAUACAACAAAAACUUUAAGUUAUAUUUAACAUCCAAGUUACGAAAUCCACAUUAUCUGCCGGAAGUUUUCAACAAGGUCACGAUUAUAAACUUUGCUCUGACGGUUCAAGGAUUGGAAGAUCAAUUAUUGGGUAUUGUUGUUGCUAAGGAAAGACCUGAUUUGCAAAGGCAAAGGGAAGAUCUGAUUGUACAAAGUGCGGAAAAUAAAGCUGCGCUGGCGCGUGUUGAAGAGAACAUUUUGAAAACUUUGUCUGAAUCUCAAGGUGAUAUUCUUGAAGACGAGAGUGCUAUAGAAGUGUUAGAUUUCUCUAAGAUCUUGUCCAAUGAUAUAAUAGCUAAGCAGAAGUCUUCAGUGGAAACUGAAAAAAAAAUCGAAGGUUUUCGGUUGGAUUACAAACCCAUCGCUGAGCAUUCUGCAGUUUUGUACUACAGUGUUUCGGAUUUACCCAACGUCGACCCAAUGUACCAAUUCUCGUUAGAAUGGUUCAUAAAUUUGUAUAUUAGCUCAAUAGAUUCUGCGAAUAAAUCGAGGGAUUUGGAUAAGCGAUUAAAAUUCCUGAAAGACACCUUCACGUAUAAUUUAUAUUCAAACGUUUGCAGAUCGUUGUUCGAAAAGGAUAAGCUGAUGUUCAGUUUUGUUCUUUGCACGAUGAUCAUGACGGCACAGAAGAAACUGAAUGAUAAGGAACUUAAGUUCUUGUUGACUGGAGGAAUUACAGUCGAUAAUCCUUUGAAAAGUCCAGCAGAGUGGUUAAGCGACAAAUCUUGGGAUGAAAUUUGUCGAGCCGAAGAUAUGCCAGCGUUCGUUGGGCUUGUGAAACAUGUAACUGCUAAUUUGAAUCAUUGGCAAAGUAUCUACGAUGAUGAUAAUCCGCAAAAUUUGGAAUUACCUGCGCCAUGGGAGAAUAAACUUAAUCAUUUUCAAAAGUUGAUCAUUAUACGUGUCCUGAGACCCGAUAAAAUUUUUGUGAGCAUUAGUAAAUUUGUAAGUCACGAAUUGGGUAGUAAGUUUAUACAGCCUCCGCCUUUUGAUAUUAGUAAAUCUUACGAAGAAUCGAGUUGCAUUUGCCCUUUAAUAUUCAUUUUAUCGCCUGGAAAUGAUCCAAUGGCGUCUCUGGUGAAGUUCGCGGAAACAAGAGGGAUUCAAGACACUUUCAAUUCGAUUUCACUUGGGCAAGGACAAGGACCGAUAGCACAAAAUUUGAUCGAACGUGGCCAAGAAGAUGGUAGUUGGGUUUGUUUGCAGAAUUGCCAUUUAGCUGUUUCGUGGAUGCCGAUGUUGGAGAAAUUAUGGGAAACCAUGGAUUUUGGAAAUACGCAUCAGACGUUUCGUCUUUGGUUGACCAGUUAUCCGUCCGAUAAAUUUCCUAUAUCGAUUUUGCAGUACGGAGUUAAAAUGACCAACGAACCACCAACAGGACUUCACCAGAAUCUGCUAAGAUCAUAUCAAAGUGAACCAAUCAAAGAACCUGAUUUUUAUUCGGGAUGCGUUGGAAAGGAAUCAACCUUUUCAAGAUUGCUGUACGCAACUACAUUCUUUCACGCUGUUAUUCAGGAGCGAAGGACAUUUGGACCAAUGGGUUGGAAUAUACCUUAUGGUUUUAAUGAGUCCGAUUUGGAUAUUUCCAUACAGCAGCUACAGAUGUUUAUUAACGAAUCUGAUAAUCCUUAUGAGGCCGUAACGUACUUAACUGGUGAAUGCAAUUACGGUGGGAGAGUCACAGAUGAUUGGGAUAGACGAUUAAUCGUCACGAUCUUAGCUGAUUUCGUUAAUAAAGAUGUUGUCGAAAACAUGGAUUACAUGUUUGUCGAAAUCGGCGAUUAUGGUCUUCCCAGAAAAGACUCUUACGAAGAUUACAUCGAGCAUAUCGAGAAUCUUCCGCACAUCCACAGACCCGAAGUAUUUGGUUUGCACAUGAACGCUGGAAUUACCAGAGAUCUUCAAACCAGUUACAAUUUGUUGGAUUGCAUGAUUCAUGUACAGAGUCAAGGCGUGGGUGCUGGAGAUAGCGAAACAGAUCAAUUGUUGGUUAUGAUUAGCGCAGAUGUAUUAUCGAAAAUCCCUAAACAUUUUGAUUUGGAAGCUGCAAAAAUUAAAUUCCCUGUGCAGUAUAAUGAGUCUAUGAAUACGGUGCUGGUUCAGGAAAUGGAAAGGUUCAAUAGGCUUUUAAAGGAGAUAAAGUUUUCUUUGGUGAAUAUACAGAAAGCGGUGCAAGGUUUGGUGAUCAUGUCUCCUGCGUUGGAGUUAGUUUCCAACUCUUUACUUUUGGGUAGGAUUCCGGCAGCUUGGGCCAAAGUAUCCUAUCCCAGUUUGAAGUCGUUACCAAAUUAUAUAGCGGAUUUCGUUGAUAGGUUGGAUUUCUUGAACAAAUGGUAUAUGGAAGGAAAACCGCAGAAUUUCUGGUUGUCAGGAUUCUUCUUUACUCAAGCAUUUUUAACGGGAGCCAAGCAAAAUUAUGCCAGGAAAUUUACAAUACCAAUCGAUCAGUUGACGUUCGAUUUUGAGGUGCUGAAAGUGAUGAGUUUGGAUUACGCACCGGCUGACGGAAUUUACGUUUACGGUGUCUUCACUGAUGGUGCAAGAUGGGAUAUUCAAAAAGGCGUGUUGCGGGAACUUUAUCCAAAGAUCCGCAAUGAUUACAUGCCAUUAAUGUGGUUGAAGCCUAUUUUAGUUGAAGAUUAUACUGAGGAGGGAAGGUAUAAAUGUCCGUUAUACAAGACUUCGGAGAGACGAGGCGUCCUUUCCACGACUGGUCAUUCCACCAACUACGUUCUUCCAUUUUUACUUGGGACGGAUAAGAAACCUUCGCAUUGGACCAAAAGGAGUGUGGCACUUCUGUGCCAACUUGAUUAA